AUGUCCAUGCUACCGCCUGCGGUCCAUGCCGAGCUGACCCAGCUCCUGCAGGCCCUGCAGUCCCCCGACAACACAACCCGCUCCCAAGCCGAAGAUCACCUCCAAAACAACUGGACUGCCUCGCGCCCCGAGGUCCUCUUGAUGGGACUGGCCGAGCAGGUAGCAGGCUCCACGGACGCUCCGAUACGCUCUUUCGCCGCCGUCAUCUUCCGAAGGAUAUCCUCCAAGAGCCGCAAGAAUGAUAAGGGUGACACCGUCGAGAUGUUCAUCUCUUUGGUCCCUGACCAUGCCACCGCUAUCCGCCAGAAACUCCUCGAGGCCCUGGCCAAUGAGUCCGACCGUACUGUACGCAACAAGAUCAGCGAUGCCGUCGCGGAUGUCGCCAGGCAAUAUUCCGAAAACAAUGAUAGCUGGCCAGAGAUUCUCGGUGUCCUUUUCCAGCUGAGCUUGUCUCCCGACGCUGGCAAGCGUGAGACCGCUUACCGUGUCUUCACCACCACCCCGGGCAUAAUAGAGAAGCAGCACGAAGGCGCUGUCUUGGAAGCCUUCGGGAGAGGUUUCAAGGACGAUGCUGUCGGAGUACGAUUGGCCGCCAUGGAGGCCUUUGCCUCCUUCUUCCGCAACCUGAGCAAAAAGGCACAACCGAAGUACUUCGGCUUGCUGCCCGAUGUUCUCAACAUCCUGCCCCCUAUCAAGGAUUCUCAAGACUCCGAGGACCUCAGCAAGGCUCUCAUCGCCCUUAUAGACCUUGCCGAGACUUGCCCCAAGAUGUUCAAGCCUCUUUUCCACAAUCUCGUCAUGUUCAGCGUCGGCGUCAUUCAAGACAAGGAGCUGUCUGACAUCGCACGCCAAAAUGCAUUAGAGCUCAUGGCAACCUUCGCCGAUUACGCGCCGUCAAUGUGCCGCAAGGACCCAUCUUACACCAACGACAUGAUAACUCAGUGUUUGAGUCUCAUGACUGACCUUGGAGAAGACGACGACGAUGCUGCAGAGUGGCUCGCAUCCGAAGACCCCGACUCGGAGGAGAGCGACUUCAACCAUGUUGCUGGAGAACAGUGCAUGGACAGACUGGCAAACAAGCUCGGUGGCGAGACCAUCUUGGCCCCCACGUUCAACUGGCUUCCUAGAAUGAUGACUUCGAUGGCCUGGAAGGAUCGUCAUGCUGCUCUGAUGGCCAUUUCUGCCAUCUCCGAAGGCUGCCGUGAUCUCAUGGUCAAGGAGCUCAGUCAGGUCCUCAACCUCGUUGUUCCCGCCCUCAAGGACGCUCAUCCGCGAGUUCGCUGGGCGGGUUGUCAAGCCCUUGGCCAGAUGAGCACCGAUUUCGCUCCUACUAUGCAGAAGGAACACUACGACACCGUUCUCAAAGCCAUCAUUCCUGUUCUCACGUCACCAGAGCCUCGUGUCAAGGCUCAUGCUGCCGCCGCUCUUGUCAACUUUUGCGAGGAGGCCGAGAAAAACAUUCUUGUGCCCUACUUGGACGAAUUGCUUUCUCAUCUUUUCCAACUCCUGCAGAACGACAAGCGCUUCGUGCAAGAGCAAGCUUUGUCGACCAUUGCCACCAUUGCCGAUGCUGCCGAGGCCGCCUUUUCAAAGUACUACGAUACACUUAUGCCGCUUUUGAUGGGUGUUUUACAACGGGAGAACGACAAGGAGUUCCGUCUGUUGCGUGCCAAGGCAAUGGAGUGUGCCACUCUUAUCGCCCUAGCUGUCGGCAAAGAGCGCCUUGGUAAUGACGCCAUGAACCUCGUGCAGCUGCUCGCCUCUAUUCAGUCUAGCAUCACUGAUCCCGACGACCCGCAAAGCCAGUAUCUCAUGCAUUGCUGGGGCCGAAUGUGUCGUGUCAUGGGAAGUGAUUUCCUCCCAUUCCUGCCUAACGUCAUGCCCCCCCUGGUAGAACUGGCCAGUGCUAAGGCCGACAUUCAGCUCCUCGAUGACGACGAGCAGGUCGAGCAGAUCCAGCAAGAGGAUGGAUGGGAGUUGGUGCCAUUGAAGGGCAAGAUGAUCGGCAUCAAGACGAGCACGAUGGACGACAAGCAUAUGGCUAUCGAGCUCCUCGUUGUUUACGCACAGACCCUCGAGGCAGCUUUUGCGCCUUACGUCAAGGACACCAUGGAGAAGAUCGCCUUGCCGGGACUUGCGUUUUUCUUCCACGAUCCUGUCCGAUUCAUCUCGGCCAAGCUGGUGCCGCAACUGCUCAGCUCUUAUAAAAAGGCCUUUGGACCUACCUCGAAUGAACUGCGUGAGUUGUGGUUGGCUACUGUAGACAAGCUGCUCGAGGUUCUCACGGCCGAGCCGGCGAUCGACGCUUUGGCUGAAAUGUAUCAAUGCUUUUACGAGUCUGUCGAAGUGGUCGGCAAGGACUGCAUGUCGUUGCAGCACAUGGGCAAGUUUAUCGACAGUGUUUUGUCCGCCAUCGAGGAUUACAGAGACCGUGUCGCACAACGAGAGCAAGACAGGGAAGGCGUAACGGCCGAGGAUGUCGAGGACGAGGCCGAGGAGCUGCUGUUAGCCAUCGAGGAUGACCAGACGCUCUUGUCCGAUAUGAACAAAGCCUUCCACGCCAUCUUCAAAAACCACGGUGCCGCAUUCCUUCCCUCAUGGGAACGUCUCAUGACCACAUACGAGACCUUCCUCAACUCGUCGGACCCUACACAACGGCAGUGGGGCCUGUGCAUCAUGGAUGAUGUUGUGGAGUACUGCGGGCAGGAGAGCAUUCGCUAUGCCAACUACAUUCAGAAGCCCCUAGUUGAUGGCUGCAAGGACCCGUCCGCAGCGAUCCGUCAAGCAGCGGCUUAUGGCAUCGGUGUGGCGGCCCACCGUGGAGGUCCAUCGUGGUCACAGUUUCUCUACGGCUCUAUACCUUAUUUGUUCCAGAUAACACAGGUGCCCGAUGCGCGCGGUGAUGAUGCCGUUUACGCAACGGAGAAUGCCUGUGCUGCCAUUGCCAAGAUUCUCCAUUUUAACAAUGCCAGUGUGCAAGACCCACAGGCUGUCGUGGCACAGUGGGUGAAUACCUUGCCCGUUACCAACGAUGAGGAGGCAGCGCCAUUUGCGUAUGGAUACCUCGCAACAUUGAUCAGCCAACAAAACCCGGCGGUUAUGGGUCAAGCCGACAAGAUGUUUGUGUACGUAGCGCAAGCACUGGAGGCCGACAUGCUCGGCUCUGGAGAGGUGGCACAGAGAGUUGUACAGGCCACCAAGGCGUUGAUGCAAUCAUCUGGAGUUAACGCCCAGUCGUUGCUACAACAAUUUUCGCCCGAAGCGCAACAGACCAUCUUGCGCUACUUUUCCUGA